GAAAGAAGGAGGGAGAGAGGGAAGGAGCAAGGGGUGAAAGACGGACUGGCGGGCAGUGGAACCCCAGGAAGAAAUUGACUAAAUGAAUAACAUGAAGUCCAGUAGAAUCCCACUUUUUAUGAUUUCAAGUCAGGAAAGUAAGAGUACUCCAUUGUUCUUCCCCAGUGAUAUGCAGUAUUUUACUACUGGAAACACCCAGCUUCUCUAAUACUCAUGAUGUCAGUGGGGAAAUCUGACAAAAAAAGACCUUGUAGAAGUUUAUCAAUAAGUAAAACUAAAAAAAAUGAGUCUAACUCUAUUAUUUCAUUUUUUAACAAUGUACCGCCUGCCAAACUUGCCUGCCCUGUUUGUAGUAAAAUGGUGCCAAGAUAUGACCUAAACAGGCACCUUGAUGAAAUGUGUGCUGACAAUGGUGACAUCACUCCAGGGGACCCAGGGCACAUUGGCUUAGCAAGUUCAAAUGUGUCCACAGUAGAUGUAACCAAUAUUGCUUUAGAAGAUGUAAUGCCAGAGAAGUCAUCACCAUCAAAGAUGAAUUUAACCCCUGGCCAAAGUGACUCAGCAAAAACGGGCAUGAAAAAGAAGACCAGCCCCUACUUUAAGAAUAAUGAUGACUUGGUGGGCAGAAAUCAAGAUGAACUGAGACAUCUUAAUGUAAAAGUCAUCUCUCUGGGAAGCCUGUCAUCUAAAUUGUCCAGAAGAUACAUAAAGGCUAAAAGAUCAAUAGGUAAGAGUGAGGGACUUGCCAAUCAGAGUCCCCACAGUUCCUCAUCCUCAGUGGUUAAGAGCCUGGUUGAAAACCAUUCAGAGAUUGAGGACCAGGGUCAACUUUUGGAGAAUAGUUCUCAAAAGGAAAACAUGUUUACCUAUGAUUCUCUUGAGGAACCACAUACUCUUGAAGGCACUAAAGUAAUGGAAAUUGAAGACCAAAAGCCUGCCGAGGAAUGUAGAUCAAGCCUCACCCUUGCAUUUUCAGAUAACACUCCUGUGUUAAUUUCACCAGAUUUAACUCUUGGGAAUGCAUUAAAGUCUACUUUAGAGGACGGCCUUGCAAAGCCAGAGAGUAUCAAAGGAGUAGAUGGUAAAGGUGUUGCGAAAUGUGGGGCAGGUGAUUGUGAAGAGGUGAAAAUGACUCUUGUUUCAGAAGCUAAAACACAGAUGUCACGUUGGGAGGCAAAAUCUCGUAGCUCUAAGCACGAUGCUUCUAAUUGGAGUAACAUUCAAGCACUUCCUCUGGAAGACAACAGCAGCUCAAAGAAUGAAAUCACACACGGAAUUCCUUUGGAGCAGGGGUUAAGCUGCGAUGUUUCUAGUGUAACAUGUCCAGUACCCUUGGAUCAUCCUUACUACCUUCGGAGUUUCCUCAUGGUGCUGAAAGCCGUGUUUGAGAAUGAAGAUGAUGGGAUGCUCUUUGAUGAACAUGAGAAGGGAAUUGUGACUACAUUUCAUCAAUUAUCAGCUAGUGGUCAGAAGCUAUAUGUAAGACUUUUUCAACGUAAAUUUGGCUGGAUUAAGAUGAAUAAAUUGGAAUAUGAAGAGAUUGCCUCUGACUUAACUCCUGUGGUUGGAGAGUUGACACAAGCCGGCUUUCUGCAGACGGAAUCUGAGUUGCAAGAACUCUCAGAAGUGUUUGAGCUACUUUCUGCUCCAGAGCUAAAAACCCUGGCAAAGACCUUCCACUUGGUGAAUCCCCAUGGACAGAAACAGCAGCUGGUGGAUGCUCUUCUCAAGCUGGCCAAACAGCCGUCAGUCUGUACUUGGGGCAAGAACCAGCCUGGCAUUGGUGCAGUGAUUUUAAAAAGAGCUAAAGAUUUGGCUGGACAGUCGCUGAGAGUCUGUAGAGGCCCUCGGGCUGUGUUUUCCCGGAUCCUGCUGCUGUUUUCAUUGACUGAUUCCGUGGAAGAUGAGGAGGCUGCCUGUGGCGGUCAGGGCCAGCUUUCUACUGUCCUGCUGGUCAACCUUGGCCGCAUGGAGUUUCCCAGGUACACGAUCAAUCGGAAAACCCAGAUCUUCCAAGAUAGAGAUGAUCUCAUCAGAUAUGCAGCAGCCACACACAUGCUGAGUGACAUCUCCGCGGCAAUGGCCAAUGGGGCCUGGGAGGAAGCCAGGGCACUCUCUGAAUGUGCAAAACGGGAUUGGGACAGACUGAAAGACCACCCUUCCUUGAGGUACCAUGAGAAUUUACCCCCCUUUCUCCGGUGUUUUACUGUCGGGUGGGUUUAUACAAGGAUUUUGUCCCGGACCGUUGAAAUACUGCAGAGACUUCACCUGUAUGAGGAAGCUGUCAGGGAGCUUGAAAACCUUUUGUCUCAGAAUGUGUAUUGUCCUGACAGCAGAGGCCGGUGGUGGGACCGCCUGGCUCUCAACUUACACCAGCACCUGAAGCGCCUGGAACCGGCCAUCAGAUGCAUCAAGGCAGGGCUCUCGGACCCAGAGGUGAGGACCGGCCACCGUCUCUCUCUGUAUCAGAGAGCCAUGCGCCUGCGGGAGUCUCCAAGCUGCCAGAAGUACCGACACCUCUUUCGUCACCUUCCAGAAAUCACUGUGAAAGACGUCGAGCAUGUGACCAUCACAGGUCGGCUGUGCCCGCAGCAUGGGAUAGCCAAGUCUGUCUUCGUAAUGGAGGCUGGAGGAGCCACCCCUGCCACAGUCCUGUGCUCUGUUGAAGAGCUGGCGCUGGCCCACUAUAGACGCUGUGGCUUCGACCAAGGGAUUCAUGGGGAGGGGUCCACCUUUAGCACGCUGUAUGGCCUCCUACUGUGGGACGUAAUCUUCAUGGAUGGGAUUCCCGACGUCUUCAGAAAUGCCUACCAGGUAAUCACAGCACGCUUUCAGGCGUUCCCGCUGGACCUGUGCACGGACAGCUUCUUCGAGAGCAGGGCGCUGGCCAUCGAGGCCAGGCUGCAGCAGAUUCACAGUGCCUCUGUGGAGAGCUUGCGGGCCUGGGUGGCAGCCACCUGGCUGGCCCAGGAAGGCAGGGUGGCCUCCGUCGUCAGCUGGGAGCGCUUUGCUUCUCUUCAGCAAGCUCAGGAUCUUGUUUCCUGCCUGGGGGGCCCUGUCCUUAGUGGGGUGUGCCGGCGCCUGGCUGUGGACUUCCGACACUGCCGAGGGGGCCUCCCUGACCUGGUGGUGUGGAACUCUCAAAACCAUCGCUUUAAGCUGGUGGAAGUGAAAGGUCCCAAUGACCGUCUUUCGCAUAAGCAGAUGAUCUGGCUGGAUGAGCUGCGCAGGCUGGGGGCUGAGGUGGAGGUCUGUCACGUGGUUGCAGUUGGAGCCAAGAGCAGGGGCCCUGACUGAGAGCUGUGGAGUUGGGAGUAUCUCCUUAUAUGUGGUGUAAGAUUUCCAUCUAAGCAUAAAGUAUACUACAUCUAAUUUUGAGCUUGUUAUUGUAAUAAACCUGAUGGUUUAAUGACUCA